AUGGACGCUCCGGAAAGCCCCCCGGCCGGGCGACCGUCAUCCGACGCCGUCGCGCUCUACGAGCACUCUCCUAUCUUUGAUUUCAUCAAUAGUUUAUCUCCUAUAGCGACACCAAAGCCUUUAGGUUCAACACAAAAUGUCCAGCUAUUCAAGUCAUCAAACUUACCACCUCUUUCUUCAAUCUUCACCUCGCCCCAAGUCAAUCCACGAAAGGAAUCUAAAUCCACAAUCAGGGAUGUUAAGCUUUCUCAAGAAGAACUCAAUCCUAACUGCCAAAGGAACCAGAUGGGGACUUUUAGCUGCAUUGAACUGUCUGGAUCUGCAGCACUUGCUUCAGAAAAUUGUAGUCCUUCUGAGGAUGCAACAAAUUGGCCAAGUAAAUGGCUCCAAUCCACCCCGUUUGGUAGUGAAACUUUAGGAGAUGCCAAGAAACAAGAUACUGAUGACAAAACAAAUCAUACUGCAGAUGUGGAACAGGUAAAGCCAUCAAGCACAUACUCUGAUCAGAAUGGCCUCGACCAAGUGGACUCAUCAACUUCUGGAAGAAUUGUUCAGGAGAAUGAGCUGGCCAAACAGGAUAGAAAUGAUUUAGCGCCAUGCAGUUUAAACCACUUGAUCACACAUUGUGGUACUGGUAAUAGUGUCAUAUCAAUAUCAGAUCUGGCCUUAGAAGCACAACAACGGAGUUGGAAAUUAAGAGGUGAUAAUAUCAUAUCUAGCACAUCCAUCCUGGCAGUGGAUCAAGGAAAUUUGGAGGAUUCACGAAGAGAACAUUUUGUUGAGCCAUUUGGAUCUUAUAUCCAGAGUGCUGCUGAUGACACUCAUGUUUACUGUGCUGAUGCAGCAGCAGGUGUUGCAACGAAUCAUGACCAAGAAAUGCUCCCUGCUGUUAUUCAAAACCAGUUGGUUUCAAAUGACUAUAAUUUUUACACAUUCAAAGUUUCCAUUGAUGGCACGGCCAUAUCACAGCAGCAAUGUGGUAUGCAUAGGCGUAACCUUUUUAACGACAAGGUAGGGCCAUCUAAUAAGAGAGUGCAAAAUAUCUCAAAUAUUCAUCAUGCGAAUACAUGUGGCAAUAACUAUCUGAAGCCUGUGAAGCCUGGUAUUGGUUUGCAUCUGAAUACUGUUGCCUUGAAUUUAUCCAACAUGCCGCUCACAAUUAAUCCUCCACUGCUACCUGAACAAACUAGUCCAGCAACAGUAAUUUCUGGCAGUGAGACCGCUCUUUAUGGCAGUGAGGUAUGCACUCAUGUUGACGAUUACUCUUCUCAGAAAACCAUGCCUAAUGCUGACAAGUCUGACCAACAAAGUCACAAGAAGAGAAGGCGCAAAUUACAAAACGAUGAUGGUGAAUCAUGCAGACAUUGUAGCUGUAAAAAGUCAAAAUGCUUAAAACUUUAUUGUGCAUGUUUCGCUGCUAAAGUCUAUCGUUCAGAAUUCUGCUCAUGUCAAGGCUGUUCCAAUAAUCAUAUGCAUGAGGAAGCAGUUUCUCAUAUUCGCAAGCAGACUGAAUCUCGUAACCCUCUAGCAUUUGCUCCAACAGUCACUCGCACAUGUGGGCCUGUUUCAGAAUUUGGGGAUGAUUCUAACAACACUCCUGCUUCCGCUCGACAUAAAAGAGGAUGCAAUUGCAGGAAGUCUUCUUGUCUUAAAAAUACUGCGAGUGCUUUCAGCACAGCUUUUGGUCAAAAGGUGCUGUGUGUGCUGUUGUUAACUACUGAAAAACUGAAGAAAGGGGGUAAAGCAAAAGGCAGUCAUGGGAAGGAAGAGAAACUUGCGUUUGACAAACACCAUGUGAUUAGCCAAUCUGGUGAUCUUGCAGCCUCUGAGAAUCUACUCGCAACACCUUCGCUUGAGCCUUACAGAUCUUCCUUCCUACUUCCAUCUACAUGCUCCAAACUGACACCGGCAACUGCUGGGUGCUCUUCUGGACUGCACAACCCUCGGUCUCCCAUGAAAUCAGAUGAUGUGCUCUCACCUUUCGUAACCCGCGCUGCAGCGAUGAUUCUCGGGAAUGAUUUUUCAGAUAUCCAGGAAGUGGGUUCAUCUUGCACCACCGGUGUCAAGGUUGUUUCACCAAACAAGAAGAGGGUUGCCCCCCUGCACAUUGGUACGGCAUUGUCCCCAAUCGGUAGCAGCAGCAGAAAACUGGUUUUGAAGUCCAUCCCUUCCUUCCCUUCCCUAACUGGUGAUGCUGAUAGUGAGCCCCACUAA